AAAAGAUCAAAGGAGACGGAAUUCAAAUCCUAACAUUAAGCUCAAUAGAAAAAUUUAUUUCACGUCCGCGUUCCCGAACUCAUACUCUCCCUUCCCAAAUCACGCCCAAUUGAUUGAUUUGCUUACUUGUAAAACCCUAACACUUAAUUUUGGACUCCCAAACGGCGUCGCCUCUGGUUCUUUUUUUUUUCCCGUCGGGUUCUAGUUCAAUUUGAUUUGACAUAUUUUCGGCGACGCUCUAUUCUAUUCUGUGCUCGAAGUUCCUGUUUACGAGCUGGCUAUGGACUACGAGCUGUAUGAUAGCAGUGGAACUGAUGAUGAUCUUCCUCCAUCACAUCAAAAUAGGAUUCCCAGAGGUGGUGGUCGAAUUACUGGAAAUGGAAGAUCUGCUGUCAUUGGUUCUGUUCCCUAUCCGAGAAUUUACGGAGAAACAGAUAUGGAGGCCCAAAUUCAUCAACUUGAGCAAGAAGCAUACAGUUCGGUUCUGAGAGCCUUUAAAGCUCAAGCUGAUGCCAUUACAUGGGAGAAAGAAAGUUUGAUAACCGAGUUAAGAAAAGAGUUACGGUUGUCCAAUGAAGAACAUAGAGAACUUCUUGCUAGAGUUAAUAAUGAUGAUGCCAUCAGAAGAAUUAGGGAGUGGAGGCAAUCUGGUGGGCAUCAAUCUGGUAUGCUUGGUGGUGGUCAAUCUGUUCAUGAUCCAAUACCCAGCCCCUCCAUUUCAGCUUCACGGAAGAAACAGAAGAUUGCCCCGUCUUUACCUUCUCAAUCCUUUGCUGGGCCAUCUCCUACUUUUCUUCUACCUGCGGUGACUGCUGCAAACCAGCCAUUUUCAUCCGCUGCCAAGAGAGGACCUAUUGCGGGGCCGAAGGGGAAAAAACAUAAAUCUGGCCAGAUGAUGCCUGGUGCGUCUUCAAUGAAAAUGCAGUACCCUACUCCUGGUCCUUCAGGAAGAGCCCAACUCGGUAAUCGGUUUUCUGAACCUGCUGAGGCAGCAUCAUCUGAUCCAUUGGUUGGAAGGAAAGUGAGGACUAGAUGGCCUGAUGACAAUAAUUUUUAUGAAGCAGUCAUAACUGAUUAUAAUCCAGCUGAGGGUAGACAUGCUCUUGUUUAUGACAUGGGUACUGCAAAUGAGACAUGGGAAUGGGUCAACCUUGCUGAGAUUUCUCCUGAGGAUAUUCAGUGGGAGGGCGAAGAACCUGGAAUUUCUCAUCAUGGAAAUUAUGGUGGAUCAGGUCAUGUCAUGAGUAGACCUGCUGGACAUGAUAGUGCUCCAGGUGCAGGGAGAGGUAGGGGGUUGACUAAAGCUCAAUCCAGAAAAGAUUUUCCAAUAUCACAGAAUGGCAUAGGAAAGAAAGGAUCUGAUGAUAUUCAGUUACUUCAUACUGAUACACUCAUCAAAGAGGUGGAGAGGAUUUUUGGCGCCGGCCAUCCAGAUCCUCUUGAGUUUGAGAAGGCAAAGAAAGUGCUGAAGGAGCAUGAACAAGCACUUCUAGAUGCCAUUUCAAGGCUUGGAGAGUUAUCUGAUGGUGAAAGUGAUGAACGCCACUUCAUGCAUGGACAAGCAAUGGAUCGGGAGUGACAGGAAUAUCAUGGCGGUGAGUAGUACAGAACAGCUGGGUAUCGAUCCACCUAAAAAUAACAUACACAUAGAGGAAGGCAAGAUGUGUAAAACAUUGUUUCCAAUGUCGGUGCGCAGAAUGAUUUUAGGUCUGUUGUAUAAUGCCAGCUUCAAGAAACGCCUGGCUAACAUUAAUUUAUUGUAGUCUAGUUCUUUGAAUAGACACCAAUUUGUAGUCAGGACUGAUUUAUUUCCCGUGGUUACAGGUUAGCGCUCUUGUAAAAUUAAUCAUCGUAGCAAUUUUACAUGUGAUGGUGUAAAAAAAUUUUGGCAGCUAGCACUUGGAUUAUGACAUCCCAUUUUUUCUUGUGCAA